AUGGGCAAUGAACCUGAUGAAGCCCGAGUGGGCGGGGUGCCUGAAAUGCCAAAGGUAUAUGAAAAGAAGCGCACCUGCACAGAUAUUGUGUUCCUGUGCCUUUUCUUCGUUAUGUUGUUGGCUUUCGCUGCUUUAGGCAUCAUUGCUUUUGUGGACGGCGAAGCGAAGGAUUCCCUGAAUGGUCGUGACAGAACUGGGCGUUAUUGUGGUAGCGGCUCUCCUCCAGAGGGUUUCGCUGAAAGUAUACCUCAGGGUGCACCUUUUCAAAGUAAAGUCUGGGGUGAGAACAAAUAUCUGUGGUAUCCGUUCCCAUUGAAGCAAACGGCAAUGUCGUUGAACCCACUGCUGUACCUCAGUUUGGGUCUGUGCGUGCAGCAGUGCCCAAUGGCAAAUGAGAGGUUAUUGGAGCGUCUUUUGAAAAACCCCUCUUCUGUAACUGAAGAGGAGAAGAAUACCAUGAAGGUGUACUCGUAUGGAGGCAGUUCAGUUGUGGAGAGUGGCAUGCAACCGGUCAAUCAUGCGUUUCCGGUUUACCACACGGGGCCCAUUUUGCGGCGGUGUCUUCCCACCAUCACUCAGCCACCCUCCGUGCGCGAUCUAUUGAUGACUUCAGAGUAUAGUCAGAGGGUUUACGCAUUUGUGUUGAAGGGUGUACUGGAGGUGAAGGCAAGUUGGAAGGUUUUUCUGUGCGCCGCCGCUGCAUGUACGCUCCUGUGCUUCAUUUUCUUGUUUUUGGUGCGUUUCCUAAUCAGCUUCGUCGUGUGGGCGUCCAUUAUUGCAUGCUUCCUUUUGCUGUUAAGCGGUGGGUGCAUAUGCAUUCAGCUUUACCUUAACGACGGUCACUUUAUGAACCUCCAUUUAGACGUCACGAAGUACUCUGUUCUUUUGCUGUGCGUUGCUAUUGGGCUUUGGAUCGGGGCGCUGGUGUAUGUUUUUGUCAUUAUUGGAGCAUGCCCGAGGAUCCGCCUGGUAUGCGCCUUAGCGAAAAUCGCAUCGCGUGUUGUUGAUAAUGCGCCAUCAACUGUGCUGUUACCGAUUCUAAUGAACGUGGCGAUUUUGUGUCUGCUGGUGUGGAGUAUUCUCGUUGCUCUUGGCUUGUACAAUGCUCGGAGAAAAACUGGGAAGAUUUCGUUCGUGCCCGUAACCGACGCUAUUGGCAUUAAUGACGGUUCAUUCAAGGGAAUCGGUGAGACAAAAUUCUACCAGGGGGUUGUGGAAGGCGUGGAGCACCGCUACGCAUUGGUUUACCUCUUAUUUGGAGAGUUGUUUGCCUUCCUGUGGUGCGUAUCAUUCCUCAACGCCGUGUCCUUUACAUCAAUUUCUUUCGUCUCGACAUUUUGGUAUUUUUCGAACCUUAAUGGUGGUAAGAAGAGGGUACCAUUUUUCGGGGUGCUGAGAGCGUUUGUAUGGACAGUGUUUUAUCAUGCAGGAACGCUGGCGCUGGGUUCUCUUCUAAUUGCUAUUCUUCAGAUCGUUCGCAUAUUACUUGUUUAUGCGGCAGAAAAGGCAGAAGAGGCAGUGGACAGACAUGACUUAAUCCAAUGCUUGCACUGUUACUUGCAGUAUGCUCUCCUCUGUUUCGAGAACUUUGUGAGUAGUAUCAAUAAGAACAUUUACGUCGUUGUUUGUCUGACCUCCGGGAGCUUUUGCACAUCAGCCUGCACCGGCCUCUCAGUGCUUAAGGGUCAUUCCUCUGAUUUGUUCCUCAUCUCGUGGAUGGUGUUAUGCGUAAAGAUUUUGGGAAAACUGUUUGUUACUGUCGGAACUGUCGUGACUUCAUAUUUACUUUUUAAGCACACAACUUUGGCACCGGGUGUGGAUUCGAUGGUAAUGCCUCUCAUUUUAAUUGGUAUCGGCGCAUAUUUCCUCAGCGGUCCCUUUUUUGAUGUUUUCGAUUCCUCCACACUCGCCCUAUUGAUUUGUUACUGCUACGAUCACCACAUCAACCAAUCGGUUGGAAUAUUUUACGUUCCUGCGGAACUUGAGCACCAACUGAGUGACUACUCUCAGAAGAAAAAGUUGCGCCGCCUGAAGAACCAACAAGCGGCCGCACAUAGGAGAGGUUAA